CUCCCUCUCCCUCUCUCAGCGCCCCCCUCCACCUCCUCCCCGUCCGCAGGGCAGAACUUCAGUCUUCUGAACCCCGCGUUUUCUCGCGAGAGCGAAACCAGGCCGUCCGUCCACCCGUGCUCGCCCGAAGCUGUGAGUAAAAAGCAAAAGAGAAGGUAACGUGAGAGUUGGUGAGGGGGGAAAAAUAGGAAAACUAUCAUGGCGACUCGAGGCUUCAAGCAUUUCGAAGAACUGCUAUUAACAGCGAAUCGAGACACGCGCGCAAGAAAAUGUGAGUGAAAACAACACAGUGAGACAAUACUUUUACGUUUCGUUAUUGAGUUUUUCUUUUUCUUUUAAUUCUUUUUUUAUGACGGCAUAUUUUUAUCUUAGUUAUGCCUCUUUGUGAAAGUGUAGUCCAAUUCACAGUUAAUCAGUUAUAUUUCGUUGAUCGAAUAAACGUCUUAUGUUAUGUGUGGAGGCUUUACGCGCUCAGCUGUGCUGUAAAAAGUUCACGCGUGUUUUGCCAGUCCGUGCGCUAAUGACUUGUUGAGGUGAGCUGGGCGUUGGAUCGAGCCAAGACGUGCCGGGAGGCGAAUCGAGGACCCGGACCGCAGAAGAAGGGAUUCGCACGUACGUCAAACACACACGAAGAUGCUCACGCGUUAGGUUCUAUCUAUGCGACUGACAGCGCACGCCGACGCUGUAACACACACUCACACACGAGCAUAACACGCGCACACAUACACACGGACGAACACACACACACAUACACAUACACGGACACCACCAGGGAGGCGAGAAACGUAGAGGAGCAUUUCAACUCGCUACCAUCCCCAAGAACUCGUGUCGUCGUUACUUUUAUUGUUGAAAACAGUAAGAGUGUUUUGCUUGUGAACAUAUUCAACGUAGAGGAAGAAGUUAAGAGGGUGCUUCAUCUGUGAUCGCCUCAUCUCGAUAUAUCGGUGUAACCCACCCAUCGUUACUUAUACUCAGGCUGUCUCGUGUUUGGAAACAUUCAACUGGAGAAGAAACGGUUUAACCUAUGAGGAAUAUUCAGUGAGGGUUUUUUAUGCUACUGUUUUCUUUUGUAUUCGAUAUCACGAGGAAUGGAACUGGCGAUUGGAUGUUAAUGCAACAUGAUAUCGAAUGUAUCAACAGAAUGGAUCUUUCGCCACUUCAUCGUAUAAGAAACGUGAUGAGAAGAUAGAAACUGCCAACCGACAGUGAGUGUAUGACCACGACAAGCUCGAGGAAACAGAUUGCGUAGAACCUCAAGUUAGUGAAGAUGUAGAGAGAAACACCUGAGACCAUGGAGAAUUCAAUCAUGAAUCAAUGGAAACCAUAAGAAUGACGAGCCUUGGCCUGAAACGCUAAAUUAACUUGAUUUACUUGUGCAUUGCCCCACAAAAGGUUGCUUAAAUCUGCUCUCGGCGCCGUCUUUCUUUUUUACGAUAGAAAUUUCUUAUCCUUCAGGUAGUGCAAUCAGGGAUCCUUCAUCUGUAAACGAAGAGAUAGCUCGACCUGAUGAAGAAAUUGUUUGAGAAAUUUCAGGAUUAGGCGGAAAAUCAAUACAAUACGAGCCAAGGAAUCGGUAAAUGUCGGACGUUGAACGCACGUGGCAGUUCGUGUUUUCCUGAUCUCCUUUUCAGUUACCCUCCCGGGCUUUUUCAUAUUAGCUUUGAAGCCUGUCGGGGACACCCAUGCGGAAAUCACCGAGGAAGACAAGCAAAGUGAAAACUCUAACGCCUCCGUCGUCGUAGCUAUCUCGGGUGACAGAAAUAGGGUACAAACAACGUUCCGUCUCUAAAGUCUCGGUGAAAUUCAAGAACGAGGGGGAAACAAGCUUGGAAACAAAUUAGAUUUUCUUUGAUGAGCGACUGACACAUUUUUUCAUCUGGGAUGGAUAUCCUGUCUAUGCUGUGGGCGCUUCUCGUGGCACUUGUGAUGAUUCCCGUGGGUGAGAUGAACAGAGUUAUGCCGGACCCCGCCGCUAAGAGGCUCUUCUACGACCUCAUGCAGGUGGGGGGAUACAACGCUCUCAUCCGGCCCUCUGCCGGCCCGCUGAGGAAACUGACUGUCAAGCUGGGUUUACGGCUGUCGCAAGUUCUCACCGUGGAUGAGAGGAACCAGAUUCUGACAAUCAGCGUUUGGUUAAGACAAGAAUGGUACGAUCUUCGCCUCAAGUGGGAUCCAUCAGACUAUGGUGGGGUCAAAGUACUUAAUAUCCCUUCUGAGGAACUCUGGAAGCCAGACCUGGUCUUGUAUAACAACGCCGACGGAGACUUUCAGAUCACGCUGAAAACCAAAGCGAUCGUGUACAACACCGGGAAGAUCGUGUGGGAACCACCAGCCAUCUACAAGAGCUACUGCCCUAUCGACGUCGAAUACUUCCCCUUCGACAUCCAAGAAUGCUUCCUCAAGAUCAGCUCCUGGACAUACCACGGAGACGAGCUGGAUCUGCAACACCUGUGUAACGGGAGCAUCAUCAGCCGACACGACGACCCUGCCAAGGAGGAGAUCAUUAUCCCGCGGGGUAUCGACCUCACGGACUACUACUACAACGUCGAGUGGGACGUACUCAACGUGACGGCCAUGAAACGGGUCAAGUUCUACCCGUGCUGCCCAGAGCCCUACCCGGAUAUCACGUUCAAUAUAACGUUGCGACGACGCACACUGUUCUACACGCUCAACCUUAUCAUGCCGUGUGUGUCCAUUUCGUGUCUCACGGUUCUCGUAUUCUACUUGCCGUCAGAUUCCGGUGAGAAAAUCACUCUCUCCAUUUCCAUCCUGCUCGCCCUCACUGUGUUUUUCCUCUUGUUAUCCGACAUGAACCCUCCAACGUCCCUCACGAUACCGCUCAUCGGGAAGUAUCUCUUGUUUAUCAUGAUAGUGGUGACUAUGUCCAUUACGUUGACGGUAUAUACGUUACACAUUAAUUUCAAAUCGCCAACAACGCACAAAAUGUCGCCUUGGGUAAAAAGAAUAUUCACGGAGAUAUUACCCAGGGUUUUAUUCAUGAAGAGGCCAGAGCUUCAAGACAAAAACAAAGUGUCCGUGCGGACUGUGAACGGAAUAGAGCAGAGGGAGUCCCCGAGCCCGGCUCACGAGCCUCUUCAUACUUACGAAAAUGUCCGGACGAGGAACGAGUCAGCAGAGAGCGAGUUCUCCAGCCCGUACUACCCACCGGAAGUCAUGGAAGCCAUUCAAGGCGUCACCUUCAUCGCGAACCAUUUGAGGAAAGGAGACGAGGAUAUUGCGGAAGAGCGUGACUGGAAAUACAUUGCCAUGGUAAUGGAUCGCUUCUUCCUGUACAUCUUCACCACAGCGUGUUUCUGCGGAACCCUCAGUAUUUUCCUCUACGCGCCUUCUCUGUAUGAUGCCAGAGAACACAUGGAGCCAACUGACCCAAACAAUACGUGUAUAUACUGAUGUAUUAUGCCAUGGCCUUCCUUUUGGGGGUUUGUUUCAGUUGACAGGGUUACUGUUUUUUAAGUUCCACAAGUAAUUUAUUCAAAAUGUCUUCCUGGAUGUUUGAAAUAAAAUACAUAACAUGUAUGUGUGAAAGUCAGUGUGAAAAUGAACAUGUAGUGACAUUGGACUUCUUUAGUAUAGAUUAAGUUUUUGUUCAGCUUGAACCUACUUUUUCAAACAUUUUGUCUUCAACGUUUUAUCAUAGGAAUGGUAAAUAUUGAGCUAAAUGCGAACUUGUGUACGCUGUGCUCAUGAAUAUUGUCUGUAAAAAUGCCAUGUUGAAAUAGUAUUGUUUUCUUGUGUAUGUAUAUAUAUGCAAAGAUUUGAACCUUCAGAUUUUCAAAAUAAUUAUUGUUUCUGCCUUGUCAUUAGAUUCUUAAAAACAUGUGUGAGCUUGAUAUAUGGCUGAUUUCCUUUGAUGCCAUCAUUUUUGUGGGUAUGAUGAUGCAAUCAGAGGCUCGGCAAUUUCACCCCUGAGCUAACUGACGUGGGGAUUAACAGCCUGUCACGUGUCUGCCACAAAAAGAGAAAGGGAAUGUAUGGGCCGUGCGCCACGUCUGACAAACGGGCCGUAUGAUGAAUGCUCUCAGUUGAAACGACAUGUUGACGCUUGGAAAGUUUUAAUUCCUCAAACACCAUGAUGUGAAACUGAAACAGAGUUGAGUAUCAUAAGCGACUAUCUGUUUAGAAACUCGGAUAAUGCGAAGAAGAAGCAGAAGAAGACAUGUACCGGUACGUGAAACUCGAAAUAAGUUUUUACGUGCAAACGGUUCUUCUAGUUUCUUCCAAAUGAAACAAUGAGGAAGAGUACACUACAGCAGAAGAAGAAUGGAAAGGUGUUGCUUUUGUUGUUGUUUUUCGGGAGGGGGGGGGAUAUUCAGACUAUGAUAAGCAAUAAUAAGAACACUUUAUAACCAUGAUAGUUACUAGGGUUUUUGUUGUACUUGCUUUAAAUGCAAUGCUG